GUCUGGGGCCUUCGAGGCCAUCGUGGAGCCAGUGAAUGGAAAAUUCAAUGACAACGCCUGGCAUGAUGUCAAAGUGACACGCAACCUCCGGCAGGUGACAAUCUCUGUGGACGGCAUCCUUACCACGACAGGCUACACUCAAGAGGACUACACCAUGCUGGGCUCCGAUGACUUCUUCUAUGUGGGAGGAAGCCCAAGUACCGCUGACUUGCCAGGCUCACCCGUCAGCAACAACUUCAUGGGCUGCCUUAAAGAGGUUGUUUAUAAGAAUAAUGACAUCCGUCUGGAGCUGUCUCGCCUGGCCCGGAUUGGAGAUACCAAGAUGAAAAUCUAUGGGGAAGUUGUAUUCAAGUGUGAGAAUGUGGCCACACUGGACCCCAUCAACUUUGAGACCCCAGAGGCUUAUAUAAGUUUGCCCAAAUGGAACACCAAACGCAUGGGUUCCAUCUCCUUUGACUUCCGUACCACCGAGCCAAAUGGCCUGAUCCUCUUCACUCACGGCAAGCCCCAAGAGAGGAAGGAUGUUCGGAGCCAGAAGAACACCAAGGUGGACUUCUUUGCUGUGGAACUCCUUGAUGGCAAUCUGUAUCUGCUGCUGGACAUGGGCUCUGGCACCAUUAAAGUGAAAGCCACUCAGAAGAAGGCCAAUGACGGGGAAUGGUACCAUGUGGACAUUCAGCGAGAUGGCAGAUCAGGUACCAUAUCAGUGAACAGCAGGCGCACGCCUUUCACCGCCAGUGGGGAGAGCGAGAUUCUGGACCUGGAGGGGGACAUGUACCUGGGAGGGCUGCCAGAGAACCGCGCUGGCCUCAUCCUCCCCACUGAGCUCUGGACCGCCAUGCUCAACUACGGCUAUGUGGGCUGCAUCCGAGACCUGUUCAUUGACGGGCGCAGCAAGAACAUCCGGCAGCUCGCGGAGAUGCAGAACGCCGCGGGCGUCAAGUCCUCCUGUUCACGGAUGAGCGCUAAGCAGUGUGACAGCUACCCCUGUAAGAACAAUGCUGUGUGCAAGGACGGCUGGAACCGCUUCAUCUGCGACUGUACAGGCACUGGCUACUGGGGAAGAACCUGCGAAAGGGAGGCUUCCAUCUUGAGCUACGAUGGCAGCAUGUACAUGAAGAUCAUCAUGCCCAUGGUCAUGCACACCGAGGCUGAGGACGUGUCCUUCCGCUUCAUGUCCCAGCGUGCUUAUGGGCUGCUGGUGGCCACAACCUCCAGGGACUCUGCUGACACCCUGCGUUUGGAGCUGGAUGGGGGACGUGUCAAGCUCAUGGUUAACUUAGACUGUAUCAGGAUAAACUGUAACUCCAGCAAAGGACCUGAGACCCUGUAUGCCGGGCAGAAGCUCAACGACAAUGAGUGGCACACCGUUCGGGUGGUGCGGAGAGGAAAGAGCCUUAAGUUAACUGUGGACGAUGAUGUGGCUGAGGGUACAAUGCUUGGAGAUCACACCCGCUUGGAAUUCCACAAUAUUGAAACUGGUAUCAUGACCGAGAAACGUUACAUCUCUGUUGUCCCCUCCAGUUUCAUUGGCCACUUGCAGAGCCUCAUGUUUAAUGGCCUGCUCUACAUUGACUUGUGCAAAAAUGGCGACAUUGACUACUGUGAACUGAAGGCUCGUUUUGGACUGAGGAACAUUAUAGCUGACCCUGUCACCUUCAAGACAAAGAGUAGUUACCUGAGCCUGGCAACCCUGCAGGCCUACACCUCCAUGCACCUCUUCUUCCAGUUCAAGACCACCUCAGCUGAUGGCUUCAUUCUCUUCAAUAGUGGGGAUGGCAAUGACUUCAUUGCUGUUGAGCUAGUCAAGGGGUACAUCCACUACGUGUUUGACUUGGGGAAUGGCCCCAAUGUGAUCAAGGGCAACAGUGACCGCCCCCUGAAUGACAACCAGUGGCACAACGUCGUCAUCACUCGGGACAACAGUAACACUCACAGCCUGAAAGUGGACACGAAAGUGGUCACUCAGGUUAUCAAUGGUGCCAAAAAUCUGGACUUGAAAGGUGACCUGUACAUGGCGGGUCUGGCCCAAGGCAUGUAUAGCAACCUCCCAAAGCUUGUGGCCUCCCGGGAUGGCUUUCAGGGCUGUCUGGCAUCAGUGGACCUGAACGGGCGCCUGCCAGACCUCAUCAAUGAUGCCCUCCAUCGGAGCGGACAGAUCGAGCGUGGCUGUGAAGGACCAAGUACAACCUGCCAGGAGGAUUCAUGUGCCAACCAGGGGGUCUGCAUGCAGCAAUGGGAAGGCUUCACCUGUGACUGUUCCAUGACCUCAUAUUCUGGAAACCAGUGCAAUGAUCCUGGCGCAACCUACAUCUUUGGGAAGAGCGGAGGCCUCAUUCUCUACACCUGGCCAGCCAACGAUAGGCCCAGCACGCGCUCGGACCGCCUGGCCGUGGGCUUCAGCACCACUGUGAAGGAUGGCAUCCUGGUUCGCAUUGACAGCGCUCCUGGCCUCGGAGACUUCCUCCAGCUUCACAUAGAACAGGGGAAAAUUGGAGUUGUCUUCAAUAUCGGGACAGUUGACAUCUCCAUCAAAGAAGAGAGAACCCCAGUAAAUGAUGGUAAAUACCACGUGGUACGCUUCACCAGGAAUGGGGGCAAUGCCACGCUUCAGGUGGACAACUGGCCGGUGAAUGAGCAUUACCCAACAGGCAACACUGAUAAUGAACGCUUCCAAAUGGUAAAACAGAAAAUCCCCUUCAAAUAUAACCGGCCCGUAGAGGAGUGGCUGCAGGAAAAAGGCCGGCAGUUAACCAUCUUCAACACCCAGGCGCAAAUAGCCAUUGGCGGAAAGGACAAAGGACGCCUCUUCCAAGGCCAGCUCUCUGGGCUCUAUUAUGAUGGUUUGAAAGUAUUGAACAUGGCAGCUGAGAACAACCCCAAUAUUAAAAUCAAUGGAAGUGUCCGGCUGGUGGGAGAAGUCCCAUCAAUCUUGGGAACGCAGACGACUGCCAUGCCACCAGAAAUGUCUACCACUGUCAUGGAAACCACCACCACAAUGGCUACUACCACAACCCGCAAGAAUCGCUCAACAGCCAGCAUUCAGCCAACAUCAGAUGACCUUGUAUCAUCUGCUGAAUGUUCAAGCGAUGAUGAAGACUUUGUUGAAUGUGAACCGAGUACAGCAAACCCCACGGAGCCGGGAGUCAGACGGGUUCCGGGGGCCUCAGAGGUGAUCCGGGAGUCGAGCAGUACAACAGGGAUGGUCGUCGGCAUUGUGGCUGCUGCCGCCCUCUGCAUCUUGAUCCUCCUGUACGCCAUGUACAAGUACAGGAACAGGGACGAGGGGUCCUACCAAGUGGACGAGACGCGGAACUACAUCAGCAACUCGGCCCAGAGCAACGGCACGCUGCUCAAGGACAAGCAGCCGAGCUCCAAGAGCGGCCACAAGAAACAGAAAAACAAGGACAAGGAGUACUACGUGUAACCACACGGCCGCUCACAAGACCCGCAUUUAAAGAACCCAGAAGGAUUGCUUUAUCAGUGCAUACAUCCUUGGAAAAUGAGAUUUCUUUUGCAGAUGUCAGAACUGCUCUACCUAGGAGAUGGGGUCUAUACCAUGUCUAUGGUGGGGAAAAAACCGUUUCUAAAAGGACACACACACCAAGAUGUAUCGACCUAUACACAGUUCAGCCAUGGCUUUGAUCAGUCAUCGCCCGGAGACAGAAGGUCCUUGCUGCCCUGCUGUAUCAUAAAGCACACACUUUGCGCUCUGCAGCCAGCAGGGGGCUCCCCUUCUCUCAUCUGGACUUGGGAGCUUCCUUCUCUUGAGGACCUUGCACUCAAGGUAGAGACUCAUGGCUUACUUGUUCCAUAACUCCAAGUGAGUCUGUAACAAUGUUUGUGAAGCUUGACUGUAAUAAUUUUUUUUGUUGUUUAAUUAUGUAAAAAACAAAAACAGAAAAAAGUUAAACAAACAAACAAACAAAAAAACAACCCACCCUUAUCUGGUUCUGGCCAGUGUGUGUAACUUUUCUUCAAGAUCUGAGGGGAAAAAAUGGCUUUUGGGUUUUUGUUUAUUUUUUGAGGAUGACUGGACAUACGUUAAGAAGAAGAAAAAAAAACACUCAGAAAACUAAAGUGGGAGAGACUAUUGCCAUAUGAACUCAAACGCUACCAUGGUGUUCACGCUACAUAUCAGGUUGUGGUGUUUUUAGAAUCUGUUGUUUGUUUCCUAUACGAACACAUAGCAAAAUCAUGUGAUGGAUGAUAAUGUUGAUUUGAAAAGCUGGUCCCUCAGGAUCUAAUUCCAGAAUUCUCCACCCAAACCCUGAACCGACUGGGUUAGGGCUGGUUUUAUCAGAGCUAUUGGGUUUACUUAACAACAGUGUUCCUGUCCAUUAGCCCAGCCAAAUUGUGGUAAAGGAGAAGCCCUCCAAAUGAAAACAGAGCCUUUCCCAGAGAAAAGGAAGGGAGGGGGUGGCCUGGAUCCAUGACUGAUAGAAAUGCAUGCAAAUAUAGAAGAAAAGACAAUACUAAAAGGCUGUUCAAUAAUCAAAACAGACCAUAGGGGAGUUCAACUUGUGAUGGAACCCACAAAAGGUCACACAAGCCAAACAUGGCAUGAAGAGAGUGCAAAAUGCAUAGUUCUUCCCCCACCCCCAACGUGAAUAUGUUUUCUCAUCGUGGUUUAAUUUUGUAGUCUGGCACUUAUGGAUAACUCUAUCCUUCCAUUUGCUCAUGUCUCCCUUCACCCAUCUUUUCUAAAACUAAACGAAUAAAUAAUAAAUGAAUAAAGCUGCUGUGACACACACAAAAAGGAAUUUAAUAGUAUAAUAUAUAUAUAAAUAAAUAUAUAUACAGAUAUAUUUAUCAUGGUAUGUUUGAUGGGAUGACUGAGACAGGACACCUGUUAAAGUCUUGAAGUGGAAUGAGAAUGUUGUUUUAAAAGAAAAUGACAAAACAACAAAAAAGUAAACCUUAAAAUGUGAAGCAAGUGUGAGUUUUAGUUUUGUCACAGUUAACUGUGUCAAAGAGAAUUAAAAAAUAAAAUCUUCUCAGAUUUUGUUUACAUAUUUUACUACAUUUUUGCUGGUAUAAUUCCUUAGCCACCUAUGUACAUACUGCUUUAAGAAUUGUUCCUUCCUUUCUAUUUGUUGAUUUCAGUUGUUUGGUUUAUAUUCUGGUUGUCUUUCUUUCUUUUUGAAAAGAGGAAACAAUGUACAGAAAAACAAUAAAUUGGUUGUGUGGCCAUAGCUAUCCAAAAAGCAAGAGACAAAGCAAGACAAAUAUUCACACAAAAAUUAAGUGUGUCCUCUGGAGGGUCAGGUAUAUACAAUUUCUUUUGUACAGAUGAAAAUCAAUCAGCUGUUUAGAUUUAGAAAUCUACUCUUGCUGGUCUUUGUAAGUUGCAUGAAUAUUUGAUUUGAAAAAAUACCUUAAAGAUAUGGGGCAAAAGUGCAAUCUAAACAAUGGUAGCCUUUACUAAUGUGUAUGGAAAGAAGUGUUCCUCAUUAUCUGAUAUUUCAAUGUGUUAAGAGUUUUGGAAUUUUUUUGUCAUUAAGAAAGACAGGAUUAUAAAGAGAUAUCAAAGCACGAUUUUAGAUAGCCUAAAUGGCCCAACCUAUAUAAAGUUGAUUAUAUCUUGAUGUCUUUAACAGAUUGAUGUUCUUGGAGUCUUGAGGUCUUGUGAAUUGAUUUUCUGAUUUCUUUCUUUACAGUUUUUUUUAAAAAAAUUAAGUAAAAAUACACUUGUUAUAUUUCUUUCAGUGUAAGUUCUAUUUGGACAAUUUUAUGGGAACAUGUGCAUUCUGUAUGUGAGCUUCUAUCAUAUUCCUGUUGUUUUAUGAGCAGACUUUUAUGGAAUUUAUUUAUGAUGUUGUGAUGUUACCGCUUUUCCUUUUUCCUUUUCUCUUUUAUUUCAUAUUUGCAUUUUUGUUCAAGGAUAUGCUUAGCAAUAAAAUGUUCUUCCCAAAA